AACAAGAUGGCGGCCGCCGCCGGAUCAGGCGUGAAAGUCCCCCGUAACUUCCGGCUGCUGGAGGAGCUUGAGGAGGGUCAGAAGGGUGUUGGAGACGGGACAGUGAGCUGGGGUCUGGAAGACGAUGAGGACAUGACCCUCACACGCUGGAGAGGAAUGAUCAUCGGGCCCCCGAGGACCAUCUAUGAGAACAGGAUGUACAGCCUCAGAGUAGAAUGUGGACCAAGAUAUCCAGAAACGCCCCCUUUUGUCCGUUUUGUGACGAAGAUCAACUUGAAUGGAGUGCAUAACUCCAAUGGUGUGGUUGACAUGCGCGCUGUAUCCUCAUUGGCCAAGUGGCAGAACUCGUACAGCAUCCGCGUGGUCCUGCAGGAGCUGCGACGACUGAUGAUGUGCAAAGAAAACAUGAAGCUGCCGCAGCCUCCUGAAGGACAGAUCUACAGCAACUGAGCUUCUUCUCCUCCCUCUCUCUCUUUCUCUCUCUCUCUCUCUUUCUUUCUCUCUCUCUACCUUCAUCCACAACAAAGUCACACACGCAAGGCUGAGCAUUCCUCCUCCUCCUCCUCUUUCUGGACUCAUGAGAUAUCCUCCGUUCUCCUCUGUUCCUGACACUCCCCCACGUGCUGCAGCAGCCAAUGAGCAGUCCUGCCUCCGGGAGCUCCCAUUGGACAGAAACCAUGGAUGUAGUGGUGUGCACAGCAGAAUACUGUACAUCAUUCUAAUCUCUUUUUUUUUAAAUGUUUAUUUGUUAUACAUGCAAAAUUGUAAAAAUAACAAAUGAUCUUAUUGAGUGUAAUCUGUGUGCCCUCAUUUGAGAAUUAGUUCAUGCAAGUGUAAAUGAAUUUGUGCCAUCGUGUAACAUGCUGUGUGGUGGGAAUAUUUAGAUUCAUAUUUCUUGUUUCCUUUCAUUUUUCCUAUUGAUGAUGAUGAUGAUACUGCAGUCAGCAGUUCAGACUGUUUAGUCUCUGGCCUGAGCAUUUUAGAGUUGCUCAUUUUAUUUUUAAGCAGUCUUUUUCAGUUUUGAAGGUUUUCUGAAAUUGCUUUACAUCCAAGAUCAAAACACUUUAAUUUCCUCAUAA